GGGGCUAAAAAGAAUCCGACUGGAAGAGUCCAGGAUCAGAGGAGAACAGCAGGUUCUAGGACCAGGAGUCUGGGAGUAGGAGAGAUGGAGGUCAGACAGAGCAACAGGCUGAUGGUUUUCACUCAGAUGAUGAUGAUGAUGGUCAUGAUGAUGAUGAAGUCUGAGGCAGCAACAGCCAAACAGAACAUCUGCUCGAACUCCACGGUGCUGCGGACGAGGACGUCGUGUCACUCCUGCAGCAUCAGUGUGUUGAUUCCAUGUCGAACCGGGUACAAACAGACGCCAGGAUCCAUGGCUCAGGACUGCAGUUACUUCGUGAGGACAAUCAGUCUAAAAGUAUCACUCAGCGGCUGCUCCUUCGAGUGUUACCGUGAGGCUGAGGUGAAGAACUGCUGUCCUGGUUUCUGGGGUCCAGACUGCAUAGAUUGUCCUGAAAGUGCUGAAACACCCUGCAGUGGCAGAGGAAUCUGCUCCGACGGACUGGGAGGAAACGGAAACUGCACCUGCCAGUCAGGGUUUGCAGGAACAGCCUGCGAGGACUGUUCACCUGGUCGUUAUGGUCCUACCUGUAGUUCAGAGUGCACCUGUCUCCACGGUCUCUGUAACUCUGGACUGAACGGUGACGGUCAGUGCACCUGUUUCUCUGGAUACAGAGGUCCCAGAUGUGACCAAGAAAUUCCAGAGUGCACAGCUCUGCGCUGUCCUCAGGGUUCCCGCUGUAUGGAAGAAGCUCUCACAGGAAAACUUGUGUGUCAGUGUUCACCUGGUUACCAGAAGUCAGGAGACCAGUGUUUACCCGUGAACCCAUGUCUUAGACAGCCUUGUCAUGUCCAUGCGUCCUGUGUCCACACGGGUCCAAACCAGCACCUGUGUGCCUGCCAUGAGGGCUACAGUGGUGACGGGCGAAUCUGCAUGGCCGUCGACCCGUGUCAGAUCAAACAGGGAGGCUGCGAUUCAGAGUCUGCCAAGUGUGUCUACGAUGGACCGGGAAAGUCUCACUGUGAGUGUCUUUCUGGUUUUGACCAUCUAUCGGCUGGUGCCUGCCGUCUGAAAGAGUUGUGUCGACCUGGUUCCUGUCAUGUAAACGCCAAUUGUACCACAGCUGGACCUGAACAAGUGGAGUGCACCUGCCUGCAGGGCUACGUCGGGAACGGUAAAGUGUGCUAUGGGAACAUCAUGGAGCGUCUGAAUGAGCUGAACACAGAGCCCGGGGGACAGUGGACUGGUCAGCUGAGCAACGCCAUCUCUCUCUUCGGUUCGGUGUCAUGGCCCCUGCGGGAUCUGGGCCCUUUAACUGUGUUUGCCCCGAUCAAUAAAGGCUUUAAAAAACAAACCUCAAUACAAACUCUGACCUCAGACGCCUCCAAAGCAAAGUACCUUUGCAAACUACAUCUGGUUGCCGGAGUGAUGCCGUUUGAGGUUUUAAAGAAAACUGAUGUCUUUUACACCUUGACGGGAAAAACAGCUGAGACCGACGCCGCAGUUGGGGGCUCUUCUGCUGUGAUCCGCAUCCAUGGCAGCAAGAAAAAAGGUACGAUUGUCCAGUCCAACAUUGUGGCAUCUAAUGGGAUGAUCCAUUUGAUCAAUAAUGUGAUGGACAGCGUGGUAGCUACAGUGGACAGUGAUCCAAAGGAAAACCUGAUGAAGAUCAUCUCUGACUACGGGAAGUUUAACACAUUCAGGUCUCUGCUGGGGGCAACUGACCUGACGUCUGUCAUGGAUCUCCCUGGUCCGAUGACCGUCUUCAUUCCCACCAGCUCAGCUUUUGACGCUAUGACAGAGGGAUAUAUGGACUACCUCACCAGUGAGAAGGGUCGCAACAAACUGGUGGAGCUCCUGAGGAACCACAUUGUCACAUCUACAUCUCUGGACAUAUUUAAUGCCAUAUCCAGUCCCAGGAUUGUGACGACAGCCAAUCAGGUUCUGACAAUUAAUGUGACAGACAAUGGCCAGGUUUUGGUAAACGGCGCUGCGGUGUUGGAGGCCGCGGUAGAGGCCAAAAAUGGACGUUUAUACGUGCUGGAUGGAGUCUUGAUUCCAUCCUCCAUAGAACCUGUGCUGCCCCACAGGUGUGACAUCAUCAACAACAUCACCGUCAUGGGUGAAUGUGUGGACUGCUUCAAAAUCAAAAUGUCUAAGUGUUCUUCUGGAAUAAGUACGGGCAUCUACCACCAACGAUGCUUUUACCAGUCUGUCGAAUUCAGAAUUCCAAGGGAGGGCUGCGCACUUCUCUGCAAAGCCACAGUGACGACUGCAGCCUGCUGUCAAGGUUUCUAUGGAGAAGGCUGCAGUCCAUGUCCAGGUGGACACCAGACACCGUGCUCAGGUCACGGCCAGUGUUCAGACGGACUGACAGGAAACGGGACAUGUAUCUGCAAUCCCAACUUCAGUGGCUCUCGCUGUCAGUACUGCUCCUCCACUAACAAAUAUGGACCCAACUGUGACAAAACCUGUCUCUGCAUCCACGGAGUUUGUGACAACCGUCCAGAUUCAAAAGGUCAAUGUAAACGGGACACGUGUCUCACGGGCUUCACUGGUCCACUCUGUGAACAACAGACGGCAGUGUGUGGCCAGCAGGCUAAGUUCUGUCACGCUCACGCCGACUGCGUUUUCAGCCAGAGGACGACACAGUGUGUUUGUAAACCUGGUUACCAAGGCGACGGUAUCACCUGUGUGGAGUCCGACCCCUGUGCCCCACCCCUUCGUGGUGGCUGUAGUGUCAAUGCUAAAUGUAUGAAGACAGGACCAAAUAAACACGUCUGCCAGUGUCUGACAGGAUGGCGGGAAGAUGGAGACGACUGUCAACCAAUUAACAAUUGCAACGACCCGGACAGAGGAGGCUGCCAUUCUAAUGCUACGUGUAUCUACGUUGGACCAGGACAGAGCGACUGCAGCUGUAAAGCCGGGUACAAAGGAAACGGACAAGAGUGCGAGGCCGUGAACCAGUGUGUGACCACCAGUGGAGGCUGCCAUUAUUUGGCCACCUGCCACCUGCUGUUGUCUGAGUGGACGUGUGUCUGCGACGACGGGUAUGUUGGGAAUGGACAAAUAUGUUACGGUACAGUGGGUCAGGAACUGAUGUCCUUGAUUGACACCUCUGAGUUUUUAAAAUGGACCACAGACUCUGGUGUCUCUCUGUCAGAUCAAAACAUCACCCUCCUGGUUCCAACUUCAGAUGCCGUGGGAAAAAUGUCUUCUGAGGACAAAGCCUUCUGGACCAUGAGCGGAAACCUGCCAAGUCUGAUCAGAAACCACAUGAUUGUCGGAACCUUCCCAUCAUACAACCUCAGCAGCAUUUCCUCUGUCACGUCACUUCUCACUACAGCACUUCCUGUUUCAACAACCAAUGAGAUUAUCACUGUUGGUGGCGCUAUCAUCACAACAACUGACAUUGCUGCAACAAAUGGCUUGAUCCAUGUCAUUGAUAAGGUCUUGGUUCCUGACAGGAAACUGAGUGAAGGGCUCCUGACGACGCUUGCACAGAGACCUGAGUUCUCUCUUUUCAGAUCAUAUCUCAUUAAUUACAACCUGACAGAUGUGAUUGAACAGGCCAAUGAAUUCACCAUCUUUGCUCCAACAGAUGGGGCCAUUAAUGAGUACCUCAAAAAAAUGUCUAUAACUGCACUGGAUAUGAAUACGACCCGUUUCCACGUGGUCAUAGAUGAGCGCUUGUUGAAGACAGACCUACAGUCUGGUAGCUACAAGGAGACACUGCUUGGAUUCUCCUAUCAGGUUGGAAUCUUCCCCAGAGAUGGAAAGAUCUUUGUAAACGAUGCUCAGAUAAACUCCUCCAACCUCCUGGCUGGAAAAGGUGUCAUUCACGGUCUGUCAUCGGUUCUUCCGCAUCAAUGUGACAAAGCAACAUACACAAAAGUUCAGGGAUCCUGUGUUGAAUGUCUUUUCUCAAAAACUGAAUUCUGCCCCAAAGACACCCAGCCAGUUAAAAACGCCAGGACGAGGAAAUGCAUGUUGACUCGAGUGUAUGAAGGUGAAAGCCUUAUGUCCCUUGGCUGCAGGGCCACCUGUCUCAAAACAACGAUUGAACGCCAGUGUUGCAGCGGGUUUUUCGGAGCGCACUGUGAGCCAUGUCCCGGGCCGAAAGGUGAGCCCUGCUUCAAUAAAGGAGUGUGUUUGGACGGGACAAACGGCACUGGUGUGUGUCAGUGUAACCAAGGCUUCAACGGGACGGCGUGUGAGACAUGUCAGACGGGCAAAUAUGGUGUCCACUGUGAUCAGGAUUGCAAAUGCAAGAGUGGACGCUGUAAGGAUGGUCUGACAGGUGACGGGACAUGUGAGUGUGACGUCGGCUGGAGGGGAAUCCUCUGUGACGAAAAGCUCGUGUCUUCGGCUGAUGAACUUUGCGGCUCAUUUAAAUGCCACACCAGUGCAAACUGUGUUAUCGGACCGUUGGGCUCUCAGUGUAUCUGUGCUGCGGGCUUCGAUGGGAACGGAACAUUCUGUCAAGCAAGAGAUGCCUGCGCAACUAACAACGGCGGCUGCAGUCCUGACGCUGUCUGUAAGAGGACGCAGCCUGGACGACGAGACUGCAUCUGUAACAGCGGCUUCACCGGCGAUGGACUCGUCUGUGUCGAGAUCAACCCAUGUCUGCACGGAAACGGAGGUUGUCACGAGAACGCCGAAUGCAUCCAUGUUGGACCCAACAAGACCUCCUGUGUGUGCAGUACUGGGUACACAGGAAAUGGACUGAAGUGUGAAAAGGUCAACCCCUGCAACAAGAAAAAUGGCGGCUGUCAUUCCAACGCACGCUGCACCGUGACUGAUCCAGGGGAACGGAACUGCAGCUGUAAGCCCGGCUACCUGGGAGACGGAAUCACCUGCAAAGGCGCCGUGGGGAGGGAAAUCCUGACACGAAAGCUGAGAGACUUCUACGUCAAACUCAUGGCAGCGGAUAUUACUCUGAAUGGUCGCGGCCCAUUCACUGUUUUUGCCCCGAACACCGAAGCCUUUGAAGAAGACAGAAAAGGUCUAAAAAUCAUGGAGAAAAGGUCGGUUAUAAAAUUUCACGAAAACUUUGUAAACAUCCUGCGCAGCCACAUCGUCCUGUGUCACAUUCUACUUGAUGUCGACCUCACUCGACCCCGCAACAUGACAUCACUGUCCGGGGAGGUCUUGACUACAAGUUUCACCCAGGGCAGCAUCUUUGUCAACGGAGCGAACGUCACCUACAGCGACAGUGUUAGCAUGAACGGGGUUUUCCACGAGAUCGACAAGAUCCUGAUUCCACCCAGAUAUAGCAAAGAAGUAAAUUCAGAGAAGCUGAACCUGACAGAUGUGGCUGAUAGACACGGGUAUAAAACCUUCUACAAGCUGCUGCAGGACACAGGUGUAACAGAAAUGAUUAACAACAAGCUGAACCAACCCGUAACAAUCUUCCUACCAUCUGAUGCUGCCAUGGCAGCGCUGCCGCAGCAGCAGAAGGACUACCUGUACCACCCAAGUCACCGCUCAGACCUGACCGAGUACCUGAAGUACCACGUCAUACAGAGUCAAAAGAUCUAUGCUGAAGCUCUGGUCCACCUGGACUCAGCGCGGACGCUGCAGGGUUCUACGCUGUCCUUCAGCUGUGGUGGCAUAGACAACAUCGGAGAAAUCUUCGUUAACGACGCAAAGUGUCGGAUCAUUCAGAGACACCUCGUCUUUAACGGCGGAAUCGCCUACGGCAUCGACUGCCUGCUGACCGCACCCAGCCUUGGCGGACGAUGCGAUGAGCAGUCAACCUUUGAUCUUCGGAUGAGCUGUGGACCGUGCAGGUCUCCGGCUUCCAGGUGUCCUCCAAGCGCCACACUAAAGGAGGUUGAGAAAUGUGACCUUCCCACCUUGUUUGUGGCCAAGAACACCGGCUGUCUCAGCGUCUGCACCUACAACUUCUGGAAGCCCAAGUGUUGCCGUGGUUUUUAUGGGCGGGACUGCCUUGUGUGUCCAGGUGGCUCUGCCUACCCCUGCAGCAACCAUGGUAAAUGUGAUGAUGGUCACCUUGGUAACGGCACCUGUAUUUGUGACAGUAGGUUCAGUGGCGCUGCCUGUGAUCAGUGCGUUCCGGGCCAUUUUGGACCCGACUGUAAAGUCUGUAACUGCUCAGAAAACGGAUCAUGUGAUGACGGACGCAGAGGGACAGGGGAGUGUUUCUGUGAGGCCGGAUGGACGGGCAAGCGGUGUGAGAUCCAGCUGGCGGAUUUCCCUCAGUGUUCUCCGUCGUGUUCUCCAAAAGGCAUCUGUAAAGAAAACAACACCUGCGUCUGUCGGCCAUUUUAUGAAGGAGAUGGUUUUACCUGUAAAGUGGCCGAUAUGUGCCAGUUUUGGAACGGCGGUUGUGCCAAAGUAGCACGCUGCUCCCAGAAGGGUGAAAAAGUGGUGUGCACAUGUCCUCGAGGAUACUCAGGGGACGGAUUCACAUGUCUCCCCAUUGACCCCUGCACUUCUGGAGUUAAUGGUGGCUGUCAUGAACAUGCAACCUGUACCAUGGUGGCGCCGGGAAAGAAAAGGUGCUCGUGUAAAGACAGCUACAUUGGUGACGGUGUGACGUGUGAAGUCAAACAGCUGCCAGUCAGUCGUUGUCUCCAGGACAAUGGAAAAUGUCACCUGAACGCUAAAUGUACAGAUCUGCACUUUGAAGACAAAAAGUUGGGCGUGUUCCACAUGCGUUCAGAUAAUGGUACGUACAAACUGACCUUUGACGCAGCUCAGCGUAUCUGCACAUCAGAGGGAGCCACGCUGGCGACGUACCAACAGUUGUCCUACGCUCAGCAGGGAGGAUUCAACAUGUGCAGUGCUGGCUGGUUAGACAAGGCACGUGUGGCGUAUCCAACCACCUACUCCAACCCAAACUGUGGUUUUGGACACAUCGGUAUUGUGGACUAUGGCACACGCGCCAACCUGACUGAGACAUGGGACGCAUUCUGCUACAGAAUGAAGGAGGUGAAGUGUGAGUGUCAGCGCGGUUACAUUGGGAACGGGAUUCAGUGCACAGGAAACCUUCUGCAGGUUCUCAAGUCAACUCCCACCUUCUCCAACUUCCUUACCCAAAUUCUGAACUACUCUCAGGUCUCAGACGCGGGGAAACAGUUCCUGAAGCGUCUCAGCAACAUAACGGUCCAGUCUACGCUCUUCGUACCCCACAACGAUGGUCUCCUUAGCAAUGAGACUCUGUCUCAGCGGGAUAUCGAGUACCACCUCUCAGCAGGUGAGGCUCUGUUUUUGAACGAGCUAAGGAACGGCAGCCGCAUACGAACCAAAGUUGGGAGCCUGCGUGUCAUCGGUGUCUCAGACCUGCUAAAUCCAGCCGCUCUGUCGUCUCGUUACAUCAAUGACCGUUUUGUCACCACCUCCGACAUCAUUGCCUCCAACGGAAUCAUACACGUCCUGCAGGGACCUCUGACGGCUCCGCCUCCUCGUCAGCAGAUGCAUGCGGCUCACAAGGCUGGGAUGGGAAUUGGUGUUAUGCUGCUGGUGGUUAUGACGACAGCCGCCAUGUUUGUAGGCCAUAAGUUCUACAAACAGACCAGUAGGGGGCUUCACUUCCACUAUUUCAAGGAUGAGGAAGAGGAAGCUCAAGCAGAAGCCCCGCCCUCCAACAUUGGUCGUAGCAUUACUAAUCCAGUUUACGACUCAACUGCUGAGAGGACCACAAGUGAUGUCACAGAGGAAAAACAGGAAGUAGCGGGCGGAACAUCGUACGAUUUGCUGCAGGACAUUUGAGAUAGUAAUUAACCAGGCAUUUGGGAAAUCUUUGCUCUGAUUGGUUGACAAGUUAGGAAAAAAAAAAAUCAGUGAAUGAUAGAAUUUUUGAUUAUUUUUGUUCUGACUGAAAUGUAUUAAAAACAAAUGUAAAGCAAUUGAGACGUGAUU